AUUGACCUCUUAUAAUUGAAAGGUCAAAAUGUAGAUGUACUAUCUGUAUCUUAACAUCGUCUCUUGCAAAGUUAUUAAAGCAUAACGAAAACGAGACAAAUAAAAACUAAUCAUAUUUAUACGAUAAAGGACGAGAAUAAACUGUUCAUUAGUCAGGAAUACAGGGUAUUUUAUUGUGUAUGCUGUGUCAUAAAAAAUGGAUUCUGAAAGAAAAACAGCAGACGGCACGCCGGAAGCUGAUGUUGAGGUUGAGGAAACGAAGUAUGUUCUAUACGGUGUUGAAGACGUUCCUUCCCCGCCAGUGUGUUUUAUUUUUGGCUUACAGCAAGCUAUAAUGUGCAUUGGAGGGACUUUAUCUUUGCCAUACCUUAUACCAGGAUAUAUAUGUGCCGAAGGGAACUAUGACGUCACAGCCAAGCUGAUGAGUAUAACUCUAUUCAUGUGUGGUGUCGCAACAAUUCUCCAGACAUUAUUUGGUAUCAG